AUGGCGCGGCGGAUUAUUCACUUUUGGGUUUGUGUCCUGUGGAGCUGUUCUCAGAGCUGGGCCGUCCCUGGAGCCUUCUUUGAGUCCAGCCUCGAUCCCGGCCUGAACCGCAGUCGCCGGGCCAUUCACUGUAACACGGAACUGGAGUACCACCAUGAAGGCUACUGCUGCCGGAACUGUCCCGCCGGAACCCACAUGAAGAAGCCAUGCUCCACACCAGGGGGACCCUCUGACUGUGAGGAGUGUGCUUCUGGGACUUACACUGCCCUGGGGAAUGGUCUGGAGAAGUGCCUGAGCUGCUCCCGCUGUCGCGCAGACCAGGCAGUUGUGCGGGCGUGUGAGUCCACUCAUAACAUUGAGUGCCAGUGUAAAGCAGGGGGCUUCUGUGAGGAAGACCAGGCCUGUGAGGUGUGCCGGCGGUGUCUGCGAUGUGGGAGCGACGAGACUCUGGUGAGAAACUGCACUCCCACCAGGAACACAGAGUGCAAGAAGAAUCCGCCCAACCCGGGACACGCGGCAGACAUGACAGCGGUGCGCGUCGCUGUAGGAUUGGUCGUGCCUCUUGUCGCGGCCGUGGUUCUGCUGAUCUUCUGCCUACACCGCAGAAAGAAGAAGACAUCAGACUCUGGGAGGACCCCAGCUGCCCUGACAUUGAACUGCAACGGCACAGAGAAAGGCCGCUGGAGCCUGGUGAGGCCCAAGUCGCUGCCGGUCGGGGACGUGGGGGACGUGGAGGAGGAGCGGGGCCUCUGCUCUACCUCCAACUCCCAGGACAACCUGAUCACCAGCCUGCCCCUGUUCACCUGCUCUGCCCCCGCAGCUCCCGCUCUAACGCUUCCCAACACCCGGGUUGACGUCCCACAGUUCAAUGUUCGUCCUGUAAAUGGGCAAGUCUCGCUCACCAGCUGCUUUGAAUUCUUCGAGGAGCUGGACAUCCACUACCACAAGCGCUUCUUCCGCCACCUGGGCCUUUCGGACAACGUGAUCAUCAGCAAAGAGCCGCUCAUGUACGUGGACCGCGUGCACGACUUACUGAACCUGUGGCUGGAGAGGCGUGGGAGGCAGGCCAGUCUGGAAGACCUACUGAGGGCCCUGCUGGAGCUCAACCAGAGGCGCACCGCUGAAGUCAUUGUUGAGCGUGCUCUGCAGGCGGGCUUCUACGUCUCCCUGGGUGACGAGCAUGCAUGA